GGGAGUAGUAAGGAUAGUGAUGAUGGAAAAGUGACUCUAUCUGAGAGUCCUGUCAAAGGAAAGUCUCCCAAAAACACUAAUAAAGCAAAGCAGACGACACCGAAGAAGAGGAAGCAAGAUGAUGACAGUGGAAGAGGAAAGAGGGCUAAAGGAAAGGACGGAAGUGGGGGUAAGACACCUGAAAAUCUUGGGAAGUAUCGUGGAGAGAAUACUUCCAUCUGGUCAUUAUCUUCAGAUUCUGAGUCUGCUCCAGAUGCCAGGCCCGUUAAAAAGUUCAAGCCUAAUGUGAAAAAACUUUCUGCAAGUAAAGAUUUCAAUCCAGAAGAUAAAAAGGAAGAUUAUGACAGUCUCCUUGACCAUGAUUUAGAAUCACUAAAGAAUCAAGCCCCACAGGUUAAAUCUCCGGUGGAAAACCUGGAAAAAGUGGAUGAGAAAUCAUCCAAGGAGAUGGAUACGGAUAUCAAUAUGAAGGGAGAUGAUGAUGAUAAAGAUAACGUUAUGAAGGAAGAUGUCUCUGGGAAGCGUUCUGGACACCAGGUAUCCUCUUCAAGGGUGCCAUUAUUUCUCUCAGAUAAAGUUCAGCGUUCAAAGGCUCUUGUUGAGUGUGAUGGUGAUUCCAUAGAUUUGAGUGGUGAUGUGGGUUCCGUUGGAAGGGUAGUAAUUGCUGAUGAUUCAUCCAAAAAACAUGAGAUGCUCUUGGAUUUAAAAGGAACCAUAUACAAAACAACAAUAGUUCCAUCAAGGACAUUCUGUGUGGUAAGCUUUAACCAAUCAGAAGCAAAGAUAGAAGCUAUUAUGAAUGACUACAUUCAGUUGAAACCACAAUCCAACGUUUAUGAAUCCGAAACUAUGGUUGAAGGGACAUUGGACAGUUUCUCGUUUGAUUCGGACGAAGAAGCUGACAAACCCGUGGUUGAAGCUGAUCAACAAGAGGCUGGUGAGGAACAACCAGCAGAUGAAAAAACCAAGAAAAAAACUGAAAAAAAACCGGGGAAGAAAAAGGGAAAACCAACAGGAGACAAGCCGGCCACAAAAGCGAUGAAAAAGAAACCUCAAGUUUCAAAAAAGGGCAAAACCAAGAAAUGAGGCAUAUUUGAUGCUAUUUUUUUUUAUUCUCUCCUUUGAUUAGAUGCGCUUUUCUUAGCCACAGUUUGUAGGGUUUUUCUCAUUAAAGGACCACAGCCGGUAUUGUAAAAGUGAUAAUGAGAAGAAUAUAUAUUUAAUACUUCAUCCUUCCACAGUUA